GCCUAAAACCGCCGCCGCAAGAUUUACUACAAGAUCCCCAUCCUCCUAAAAUCCACACGUAACGAGAUGGUUUGUUUAAAUAAUCUUUAUGGAUAAAGUAGUCGACUUUUAAAUGCAAUUUAAUUCCACGAUCGAUUAAUGAUUUUGGGGAAAAAAUCUGGAAUUAAAAAGAUAAAAUUAAGUGAAUGAAAUGAAAAGUCGUUGAAGAUGGAUGUCUUAAAUAAAUGAUAAAAACUUGAAAAAUGAGGAAAGGAAGUCUGCAAACGCAAACUUCCGAACCGUUAAUCGUUGUUGAAGAACCUGGAUGCAUACAAGAACCUGAACUGAAAACUAGAUCAUCAUCGGAACAUACUUCCGAAGAUGAAUCACCAAUGAUGAAUCCUUAUUUACUGUCACCCUGGUCUCGAGAAACUCGUAAACAUUCAUUACCAACUCCUCAAUGUUCCGGGAUAACCGCCAGUCAAGUUCGCCGUCUUUCCGAACGUGGUGAAGGUGCCCCUGGACCUAGACAAACUGAAUUUUUAGCGACGCUUUCUUCGGCUCCAGCUCCAUCACCAGGUGGACGAAGACAUUCUGUAGUAACGAUCUCAAAAGUUCCAAGUGCAUUUUUUGGGAGAAAUCGACGGGAAUCUGUUGCGGGACGGAUUUUACCAAGUCGAAGGGAGUCUGUGACUGGGGGGCCACCUUCUACGGAACCUAGAGGAAGUGUUCAUAACCUUCAAUUGGAUAUUAUGGAUGAUAUCGUCCAAGCUAGAAAGGUUAGAAUGAAAUUGUGGAAUACAAGUAGUAACGAAAAAGUUUGUGAGGUCCAACCGUUGGAUGACGAACAUUUUGGAGGAACUCCAGGUGGUGGCGGAUCAGCAUCUGGUGGAAUACAAAGGUACGCGAGUUCGAGGAGAUAUUCAGAUUUUGUUGGAACAACUUUGGCCCCAAUUCCAAGUGCGACUAGAAGAAGAGCAUCGGAACUGCCGCCUCCAAGUUUACCUCCAAGAACUUCUUCGACAUCUUCCACAGCAUGUAAGAUAACUAGCUCUGGAAUUAUAUGCACAAAUACUGAUCUUAUUUCUAUUUUAUCUUCUUCCGCUAUGGAAAUUAAUCAUCAACAGUGUGAAGUAUCCGAAUCAACAACACCAAUGGGGGCGGCAGAUGCAACAUCAAUGGAAGAAAACAAGAAGACAAGAAGAAGUAGACUGAAAACAAGUAGAAGUAAUAGUUUUGAUGUUUCAACAUUACCAAGUAAUGAAAUUGAAACACCAAGUAAUUGGUUCAUUAAACGUCAUCAACCGAUUUCAACAAAAAAUUUUAUUGGAAAAUCAGACCAAUUAACUUCUAUUUCAUUUGCGGACGAAAAAAAAUCAUUAAAAGCAAAAGAUUCAAACAAUAAAGUUUUAUGGGACGAGCGUAGUGGGUCACUGGUGGACGCCCAACUUUUAGGAACUGCGAUACAAGAUUUUUUAAAAAAAUCGAGUCCGGAAAAAAACGAUUUCGGAAAAGGAGAUGGUCCAUCAACUUCUUCUUCAUCUCAAUCGAAAUCUAAAAGCGGCUGGUUUUCAAAUAAACCUGGAGAUGAAAACAAUUCAAACGAAACUUCCGAUUCAUCUCUAUGCUCGACUUUAAAAGAUUUAUUUGUGAAAUAGCUGAUAAAUCAAUUUUUUGAUUACUAAUUGUUGAUUAUCAAAAUAUUUCAACACUAAAAACUAUUAUUUCAUAUUUAUUAUCAGUAUUAGUUGUUAAAAAUCUCUCUUUAUCUAAGAACGGUAGAAUCUAAGAGAACUGCUUUUGUAAUGUUGAGACUAGAGUUAGAUUAAAUCUAGCAUUGUCACUAGAACUAGCACCAGUCAAGUUUUAUGUCAUUUGAAACAGCUAGUCAACAAAAGAUGGCGCUAGCGCAAAAUUAGAAAUUGAAAGGUUUAUGGUAAAGUUUGUAAAAACACAAAAAAUACAACAACAAAAUUUUGAAUUACAAAAGAACAAAGUAUUUAGUAAUCCUUUUAGAUUCUACCAUCCAUCAUAGUCUUGACCUCUUCUUAAUUUGCGAAGACCGUUACAAACCAAUUUAACCUCAAAAAAUGUAAAUUAACUUAAUUUAUUUUUUUUUAAUUUUAUUUAAAUAGAGAUAAUUAAAUUAAAAAGGAUCAAUACGGGAAUUUUAAGCCAAAAUGCUGGUCGUUUUGACUACGUAAAAUAAAAAUUAUUUUUGACAAUUUCUUUUUAAUAGACGAGCCAAUAAACAAGAGUGUAUGGUGAGCUGUCUAACUAAAAGAAAUAAGUAAAGUCCACUGAAUUAAAACGGAAAAUAUAUAAUACAAUUAAUUAAUUAAUGUUCAAGAAAACAAUUAAUGUUGAAAUACUAAUAUCUAGUAGAUUUGAUGUGUCUUAAAAUUAUUAAAAGAAAUGGUGAACUGUGUUUAAAUGUACAUUAUGUCGAGUGCAUAUUUUGGGUUAAUUUUUGUUAUAUCGACAAUAAAUUGAACCGAAUUUAAUAAAAAGUUACAUUUAAACACUGUUUGAAUAUUCAAUUGACUGUAUUAAUUCCAUUUGAAUGUGAAUGGAAAAUAUCAACCAACCAAAAUAAUGUUUCUCAGUGUAUUUUAUUCACAAUGUAGUUUAUAGAAAGAAAAAUCAAAUAUUUUUAUUCUAGAACUGAUAUUUAAAUAAUAUUUUCAUUGGAUUAAUUUCGCUGGACGAAAUUAGUCGUAAAUAAAUUGUUAACUGAAAAAAAAUUGUUACCAAA